CCUGUUUCGGCUUUACAAGAGACACACACAGCUAUGGCACCACGUAAGGGUAAGGAAAAGAAGGAAGAACAGGUCAUUGCCUUGGGACCCCAGGUUGCCGAAGGCGAGAAUGUCUUCGGAGUCUGCCACAUCUUUGCAUCCUUCAACGACACCUUUGUCCAUGUCACUGAUCUCUCUGGCAAGGAAACAAUCUGCCGUGUGACCGGUGGUAUGAAGGUGAAGGCCGACAGAGACGAAUCCUCUCCCUACGCCGCCAUGUUGGCCGCCCAGGAUGUGGCCCAGAGGUGCAAGGAGCUUGGAAUCACAGCCCUGCACAUCAAGCUGAGGGCCACUGGUGGCAACAGAACAAAGACCCCGGGACCAGGAGCACAGUCUGCCCUCCGUGCCCUGGCACGUUCUGGCAUGAAGAUCGGACGCAUCGAGGACGUCACCCCUAUUCCGUCAGACAGCACCCGCAGAAAGGGCGGUCGACGUGGACGCCGUCUGUAAAUGUGCUUAUUUUGAGACUUUCACUCAAUAAAAGGUUAAUUCC